AUGGAGGCGGCAGGCAGAGCGGGGCAGGAGAUGAGCCUGGCGACCUUAUGGUGGCACUACCCCUUCAUCACCGGCAUCGCCGAUGUGACCGGCCAGGUCGCGCUCUACAGCUUCACCCCUAAUGACAACGAGUGGGAGAAAACCGACAUAGAAGGGACCUUAUUUGUGUAUAAAAGAAAUGCCAGCUUGUCAAUUUACAGUAUUUGGUUUUAUGACAAGAAUGACUGUCAUCGAAUAGCAAAACUCAUGGCUAAAGUAGUUGAACAAGAAGCUCAGAGAUCACAGCAAGUUUCUCAGGACAGAAAAAGUCCCAGCAGGACCUAUGGCUGCAAUGAAAACAGGCCCAUUGACAUCCUAGAAAUGCUUAGUAAAGCCAAGGAUGAAUAUGAACAAAAUCAGAUUAGUGAUCUAAGUAUUAUAUCAAGUUCUGGAAUGCAACAGAAUUCAAAUCCUCCAAAGCCAGAAAGCACAGAGCCUUCAGAACAGAGGCCUUCAUUACAAGUGCAGGAGCAGCCAUUUCAGUCAAGGCAGAAGCAUCUGACUUUGGGAGAACUGUUUGGAACUUCUGUCCAAAAGGAACAGCCUGCAGCUCCAUAUUCCAAUCCAGAGAGAAUGGAGAAACUGCAGACAGAUGCAUCUGCCAGAGAGCAGCACAGUUUGCUUUUGCCUUUUUCCUUUGACCAGUCACCAGUAAUGCAACAAUCCCUGGGGAAAUCUGAAAGUCCGAGCGUUAAACCCAGUGCCAAUCAGCAGGACUGUUUAGCACCUAUGAUAACACCUCCAGCUUCGGUUUCCCAGCCUGAUAUGAAAAACGUUUCAAGCUAUUCAGUUCAUUUAGGCCCUGUUCUUAAUUCAGCCUCGACAAUGGAAGCUGCCCCUGCUCAGAUGCUUCCUGGCCUCAAACAAAGCAACAGUCUAAUGCAAGUUAUGCAGCAAGCUGCCAAGCCCAUACCCCCACUGGUCAAUCAGCCGCCAUCUGAAGUGAACCACGCUCCACAGAAUCUAAUGGCUGGCCAAAGCCAGCUCAUAGCACCCUUGACUACAGCAAACACAGGGACUAUCUCAAAUGCAUCUCAUACAAGUGUUGAUCUUCUCCAGAAACUCAGGUUGACCCCACAGCAUGACCAAACACAACAACAGUCUCUCCCUAAGACUCCUUUAACACCAAACAUCUCUGCCUCGGUUGGCCAACUUGCAACACCAAAAAGCUUCAAAGAGUCUCAUGGUAAACCAUCAGCCUUGAACAGCAAGAUAAUCUCUCCUCUUCAGGUUGCACCUCCAGUUGUUACAGCCACAACGACAGUAACGCCUUCAGUGCUCUUGUCUCCAAGUGUGUUCCAGCAAUAG